GUUGCUGCGCUGCCGGCUCACAGGUGGCUCUGCCGGGGACGUGGGCGCCCCAGGCCCCGCUAGGAGUUAGCCAACUCUCUCUGCUCUGGGACGCGGAUUUGGACCCCCCGCCACUGCUACCCUUGCUUCUGGCUUGGGAUGGGGGGCGCUGGGUAGGGCCUGCCGUCGGGGGAGACGCGCAGAGGGACGCUUCUCUUCCCCAACCACCUACAAACUACCCAGGGGGAAGCGGGCCAAGCGCCUCACCGAAUGCAACCCAGCUCUAACCUCACAGCAUAAAUGAUGAAAGUUUCCCGUGAAGCAUAAGAAUCCCUGAUUGUGGACGUGCCCCACAAGCAUCGUUAACUACAAAGUAAAGAAAAGUAUGAAAGAACCAACUGAUUGAGCCUAAAAUUGGAAGAUCACCACAUCCACCGGAAGACCCAGGAUGGAUCUGCACCAAAGCACCACCAUCACGUUCCUGGAGAAAUGGUGUUUGGAUGAGUCACUGUCUGGCUGCAGGAGACAUUAUAAUGUCAAGAAAAAACUGAAGUUAAUUCGAAUCUUAGGCCUUUUCAUGGGUCUGGUAGCCAUUAGCACUGUCUCAUUUUCAAUCAGUGCCUUUUCUGAGACAGAUACACAGAGCACAGGAGAGGCCAGUGUUGUCAGUGGCCCUAGGGCAGCACAGGGUUACCAUCAGAGAACUCUCUUAGAUUUAAAUGACAAGAUUCGGGAUUAUACUCCACAGCCACCUCUUUCAAAGGAAGACAAGUCGGAGAAUAGUACAGAUCAUGCCCAAGGAGACUACCCGAGAGACAUCUUUUCCCUUGAGGAGAGAAGAAGAGGUGCGAUCAUUCUCCAUGUCAUUGGAAUGAUCUACAUGUUCAUAGCCUUAGCCAUUGUCUGUGAUGAGUUCUUUGUUCCUUCAUUGACUGUCAUCACUGAAAAACUGGGCAUCUCUGAUGAUGUGGCUGGAGCCACCUUUAUGGCUGCAGGGGGGUCAGCCCCAGAACUUUUCACGUCUCUCAUAGGGGUAUUCAUCGCUCACAGCAACGUUGGCAUAGGCACAAUUGUAGGUUCCGCAGUAUUCAAUAUCCUCUUUGUUAUUGGCAUGUGUGCUCUGUUUUCUAGAGAAAUCUUAAACCUGACAUGGUGGCCACUCUUUCGAGAUGUGUCCUUCUACAUUGUUGACUUGAUCAUGCUGAUCAUAUUUUUCCUGGAUAACGUUAUCAUGUGGUGGGAAAGCUUGCUUCUCUUAACAGCUUAUUUUUUCUACGUGGUUUUCAUGAAAUUCAACGUCCAAGUCGAAAAAUGGGUGAAGCAAAUGAUAAACCGCAAUAAGGUCGUCAAGGUGACAGCACCAGAAGCCCAAGCAAAGCCAUCUGCAGCCAGGGACAAGGAUGAACCGACUCUACCGGCUAAGCCGCGUCUCCAGCGAGGUGGAAGCUCUGCCUCCCUCCACAACAGUCUCAUGAGGAAUAGCAUCUUUCAGCUCAUGAUACACACCCUUGACCCACUCGCUGAAGAACUUGGAUCAUAUGGAAAACUAAAAUAUUAUGACACAAUGACUGAAGAAGGGAGGUUCAGAGAAAAGGCUUCAAUUCUCCACAAGAUUGCCAAGAAGAAAUGUCAUGUGGAUGAGAAUGAGCGGCAGAAUGGGGCUGCCAACCACGUAGAAAAAAUCGAGCUUCCGAACAGCACCAGCACAGAAGUUGAAAUGACACCAUCCAGUGAUGCUUCAGAACCUGUACAAAAUGGAAAUCUCUCCCACAACAUCGAAGGUGCAGAAGCCCAGACUACAGAGACAGCUGACGAUGAGGAGGACCAGCCUCUCAGCCUUGCCUGGCCUUCCGAAACUCGCAAGCAAAUCACGUUUCUGAUUGUUUUCCCCAUAGUGUUUCCUCUCUGGAUUACCUUACCUGACGUUCGCAAACCUUCAUCAAGGAAGUUUUUUCCCAUCACGUUCUUUGGCGCCAUUAGCUGGAUUGCAGUAUUCUCUUACUUGAUGGUCUGGUGGGCACACCAGGUUGGAGAGACGAUUGGCAUCAGUGAAGAGAUUAUGGGUCUGACCAUCUUGGCUGCUGGAACCUCCAUCCCUGAUCUUAUCACCAGUGUCAUAGUGGCCCGGAAGGGGUUAGGGGACAUGGCUGUGUCAAGCUCUGUUGGAAGCAACAUUUUUGACAUCACAGUAGGGCUCCCACUGCCCUGGCUCCUGUACACCAUCCUUCACAGAUUCCAGCCAGUGGCUGUCAGCAGCAAUGGCCUAUUCUGUGCCAUCGUCCUUCUCUUCAUCAUGCUGCUCUUCGUCAUCCUCUCCAUUGCCCUCUGCAAGUGGCGAAUGAACAAAAUCCUGGGCUUCAUCAUGUUUGGCCUCUACUUUGUGUUCCUGGUGGUGAGCGUUCUCCUAGAAGACAGAAUUCUUACAUGCCCUGUCUCUAUCUAGCAGGAAAAGCCAUAUCUUGCACCAACAGCAUGAAUGGUCCCUCCCCACUCUCGGCUCUUGGCUCCUUGACCUCUUGAGAAGAGGCAGCUGGCACAUAGCCCUGGGUGCCAAGUGUCCCUCCUUGGUGGAUUUGAGGAGAGAUGGAUUCACACUGGGCCCAUUCACUUCACAGGCUGCUUCCACCUUGCCUACCAAAAUGACUUCACAUAAGAGACAAGAGAACCAUCAUUAUGAGGCUUCUCCCCAUUCACCACUGACAGGUACUCCUCGCUGGUCGGAGGUACAUUCGAUGCAAACAAGGACAGAGGCUCUAUAUAUAUAUACCUAUAAAUAUACAUAUUAUAAAUAUACGCACAUGAACACACAAAUCCUGCCUGUUCCUGUACUAUAGCUCUCCUUCCAUACCUAUAGAUUAGUACAUACCUGUAAAUAGACACAAAGAAAAAUUAUAUAUAUAUAUAUAAAAUCAGAGAUAUAUAUAUAUAUAUAAGUACAAAUGCAUCUUUUCAGGGAUAGCUCUAGUAUAUUUAUAGUACUUAUUUGAAGAGGGGCAUCAACCUGCAGUCUGGGCUUUACCUCUUAAGUGCAACAGGUGAACUAAUGGAACCAAUAGACAAAGGUAGCAUUGUGGUGACCUUCAGCUACCUUGGACUUGCUGAGAUCCUGCCUGGUAAGGUAGAUGGUUUAGGGAAAUAGUUUGCAGGGAGGAGGGCUUAGUGGAGAAGGUCCAUAGGGGCCCUGAGCUGAGCCUUCCAAAACAUUCCCAUAAGCAAAACAGGGAGAAUAUCUGCCCACCUCCACCGGAGUACCCUGACCGAGAAACUCAGGGUACUUAGGACAGACAGAGAUUAAAAACCCAGACCAGGUGAACACUGGUUUGGGGAAGCGAGGAAGUAACAACCAGGGUUGGGUUUUUUGUUUUGUUCUUAUAUUGUCGCAGCAUGCAAGUAGAAUAUAUGACUACAAAGCAAAUUAGUGCUUUUUCUAGGACAGCAAGACUAUAUAAACUGAACCUGUAUUCUUCCAGCGCAUGUCCCAUUAUCAUCAAAAGAAGGUGGGUAAACUUAGCUGUGAUUGUCAUUUAGAUAUAUUUUGAUGCUAAGGGCUGCCAAGAGAGCUUAGAUGUGCGAUAAGAAACCAUCCAGUAGAGGUGCUUAGUGGGCCUUGCCACCUAAUGGGAUGUAAGGGCAUAGUUCUUUAAAACGUUUUCUAAUGUAGUCAUAAAGGGCUGUAGUGUCUGCAGAAAUCAUUAUUCCCAAUAGCACUAAAUUAACUCUGCUUGGGUUGAGGCAGCGUAGAGAUGCUUGGAAAGGCAUUUGCACACUCAGUGCACCCCAGGAAGGUUUCUGAGUGCCAGGUCAAGUUGUACCAGGACCAGGCUUUGGUUAAAGUUCUUGUAACAUCUAUGUCUCUUCUUCCAUCAGGACUCCAUCUAGAACUCUCUCUAGUUUUUAGAGUACACUGUAUUUGAUAGCUUGAAAUUUGUGUAAGGAAGCUAUUCAUUCCAACAAUUUGAUUUCUUGAUUUUGCUCGUUACAUGGAAUAUUUUAAUUUCAUGCAUUCAGUGCCCCUAAGUUCUAUGUGACAUCUUAUAUGAUUUCUAAGAUCUAUGUCAGUAGAAAAUAAAACCAGCAAGGGGGAAAAAAAUAGGCAAACUAAAUCAAUGAAGAACCGCGUAGAUUGCUUAUACCCAUUACCGAGAGAGAAAAAAAAAAAAAAAAGAGUGCUUUUCAUUUAUCUAAGUCAUGCUUUUCCUUAAAAUCAAUUGAAAAAGUGAAUCAAGGAUGGGUCAUUAUUCUGUACCCAUCCUAAGUCUAAGUUGGUACAUAUGGCAUGUGGGAAACUUCACCACGUGUGUUCCCAUCUCCAACCUAUUCUGUCAUUGAAGGCUGCUAUGAUUUUGUUGUGAGCACAUACCUCUUAACGUGGGAAGACAGCAUGCAGAACUCACAGCGGAGUAAGAGGAAAGGUAACCUGACAGCCCCAGAUCAAGCUCAAUAUUCCUUCCAGAAAACCUCAGCUUACCCCACAGAUCAUGGCAAUAACAGGAAGUGCCCAUCAUUGCUCUUCACCCAGAAGCAAAAAGCACCUUAAACCCGAGGCCCCCUGGGAAAACAAGAAAUCAAGAUGGCUGCCGGUCAGAGACUGGCUUUCAAGUCUCUCCAGCUUGGCAGAGUGGGGUCCUCAGAUGUGUGACAAUGCCUGCCAAGACAUUGAAACACCAUCCAAUAGAGGUGCUCAGUGGGACCUGCCACCUAACGGGAAUGAAUCACAUUCAUCGAGGUUAGGACUUAGUCCUGGGGCAAGAACUUGUGCUGCUUCCUUAGAGUGAAAGAAUGAGGAAGUGAAUUUUACGUUUAAAAACUCCAGUUGUUUUCCCUGUGUAUUUCUUGAAGGGCAGCAAAGUUGGUUACUGUAUGGAUUUUAUAUUAUUGACUGGUGUGUUGUUUCAAAGAAGGUUUAAAUAGGUGACCGACUCAGCUGCAAACAGACUAUGUAAAACCAAAGUUGAAGGAGCUCUGGUGCAACCCUCUUCUUAUUUCUGAUCCUCCCCCUGCCUCCUCACUCCCUCCCAUUUACUCCCAGCUCACAGUGAAGGCUGAUCCAAGUAGCUGUGGUGCCCUUGGUUUGUCUGGGAGCUCCACUUCACAGGAAGUGUUGUGGUCUUCCAUGUGAAAUUGCAUUUGAGAAGACAGUAUUUCCAGCCCACUUCCCACCUCAGUCAUGUGCACCAAGCCUGACCUACAGACACAAGUGAUUUCACAGCCUGCCCUUGCUUUCCCUUCAUUUCUGUGUCUGUGAGUAAGUGGUUAUGUGUUGGGCUAGGGUCAAUUCAGAGAGAUGUGUACUGAGUGCAACAGUGGGUCUUUGAACCAUUCAACUCAUUGGUAUAAUUAUAAGAACUUUCCCCAUUAUGGUUUCUAGAGCAAGUCAUCUCUAACUCCUUUUCCUGCAUGCCUGUGUAUAUACAUAUAUAAAUAUACAUUUAUCUUUAUACCAGAUCUAUAUGUACACAUAUAAUAUGACUUAUAUCAUCACCCUCUGACCCUAUCACAUUCAGGAUUCUAAAGCAGGGAGCAUCAAGUUUGCCAAAGUCAAGGAAAAGGAAAGUCAUGCACACAAACCAAAGGGAACAUUUCUUCCUGAUUUCAUAAGGUAGUUUUGUUCCAUGCACAUAUAUAUAUACAAAUAUACAUGUAUGUACCCAUAUUUCCCCACCCUAAGAAUAUCGAUUUAUAGCCUUAAGGAAAUGGUCAGCCAUAUCCCUAAUGCUGAUAUAGAGGCAAAGAAUACACAACAGAAAAUACAGAGCAAAAAUUUAGACUGCAGAUAUUCUCUUUGCUUCUCUGGAGCAGGGUAUAAAAGAUAUCACCAAUUCAAGAGCCAACAUUGUACUAAUCAAUCUAAAAUAAAAUGAGUUGCGCACAAAUGAUUUCAUUUACUCACAGCAAACCAAGCAGGUCUUGCUUGCUGUCACCACCCACCCUCCCCCAUACUUCCAAGGCCGCAGAGCAGCUUGGCUCAAACUGACAGUUCCCAAAUAGAAACUCGUAAAUUGCAUCUGAGAAUACCCAUGCUAUCUCCAGCUGCCCUCUGAACCUGACCAGAUCCUGAUGAACUGAAACUGAAGAUUAGAUGGUGUUCAUGCGACUUCCCAGGACCUAAACCGAGUCAAGCAGUGACAGAGCAGUGCUGUAUGCUUGGACUAAGGGAUGGAGUUGUUUAAUAUACUUGGCAGAUGCAGCAGAAUGUCCCAAAGCCUUGCCCAGGAGAUUAUAAAAAGAGGCGGAGACUGUUUCAUAUUCAGGGAAAAUGCUUUGUAAGGCUUCUAACAGGUGUCACCUGACAAGGGCCAUUAUAAUGUAUUUUAUAGGGAAGACAUGAAUCAGGUGGUUUGGAGCCCUUUCAGCAAAACACAACUGCCUCGCUGAUUAGACAUUUGACAACAUUAACGUACAUCCAUUCCUGGGCAGGGAGAGAGUCGGCCAACUCCCCACCACUGCACAUAGCUUUUAAAGGCCUCUGGACCAGUGAGAGGAGAGAGGAACUGCAAAGGGAGCCCACCCCCAGACCACUCUAACAAAAAGCUGACCAAAGAAAUGACACCUGGUAGAGCAGCUGGCCAGAUAGAGUUGAAGAUGGAACUUGUGUUAAAUGCUCUGCAGAAAUUACUGCAUUGGACCAUGUAACAGGGGUCUGAUGGCAAGCAUUUCAGAACAUGACAGUGUGCUUUCCUCCCCACAUCUACCAAACACACACCCAAACCCCCCACACGCAAGAUUAUGUGGAUGCCAUGCUUCUUUGCACCUGGACAGAUUGUUUUUCCAGUAAGUAGGUGGCAGCUCUGUUCCAGAAGAAGAAACGAAGUGAAGCUGUUCUCAGGAUGAUUUCUGGAGAAAACAACUGUCUCCUGAGGGCAUAGAAGUCAAUGCUCACUCUUGCUAAGCCAGAUCUUCCUUGACCAUCCAGCUUAACAUUUUUAAAAGAUGCAUCCUCAACCCCUAUACCUCUCUCAACAAUAUUGUCUUCAAUUACUAGGUAAGGCCUCAUCAUUAAGAGAGGGUUAGGAGAAAAAAAUAGAAGAAUAAGGAAAGGGAAGAAAGGAGGUAUUAAUUUCCUAGGAUUCCCAAGAAAACAAGCGUCACAUUGAAAUAUAUCCCUAUGUAGUUUAAAAUGGUUACAAAUAUCAGGCUAUGUUUAGCCAAUUACAAGAGCCCAUAUAGUUUUAGAUUUAAAAAAAAUAAAAAAUAAACCUUCUCAAGAAGACCUUGGGAAAGAAAGAAAACCCUGCCCUGUUCCACCAUCUAUUUACAGUUAGGUCUCUGAUUCUGCCUCUAUCUUUGUGUUUCAUUUUUAAUCUCACAGCUUCAUACAUUUUGAAAUAUAUAGCAAACAAGAAAAGCAAUAAGGGAACUACUCAGAACCAGCUCAACCCUAUUACUUAUUAUUCCACCAUGGCAAUACUCCUUUCAAUUCACCAGGAGCUUUGGACCCGCACAGGCUGUGGCAUGUAAUCACCAGGAGCAGGUAGGAGUCUGUAGAAAUCAUAGGCACACUCAUGUUUGCUCUGGAAGGAAUCUGUUUUCCACGCUGACUCCCCCAACUCAUGUACGCGCUGGCAUUUUACAUGCCUUCCUGUCAUGUGGGGUGCCAGCCUUGCUCAGAACUACCCAAACUCCACAGAGGUCCUUAAUAUGCUUAGGGACAGAUUUCUUAACAGUGAGAAAUCGCUACAAAGGACAAGUACAUCUACAAGUCAGGCAGCAUUUGAGAGGCAAAAAUGACCCUGCAAUUAGGACUGGAUAGACAACUGUUUUUAAAUUUGCACACGAAUAGUGAGGGACUUUAUAGAUCACCCUAUUAUCUCAGCCAGAGCACUUCUACUAGAUGAUUCAUUGAAAGACUGGAAAACCUAACUGAAUUUGUAAAAACAGACAAACAUCUAAGUCUGAAAGAAUGCCAUGGAGUUUGCGUAGGCUCCCACCAAAGAUUUCAUUCCAUUAAGAGGGUUUGUCUAGCCUAUAACCCUAAUCCAAAGGAUAGUCCUCUUACAGGGCAGAGUCCAGCAUAGAUGCUGGUGUGACCCAGCUCAAUGUUUAACAACCAUCAGCAUCAGAAACAGUCUCCCUCCAGGUUAACCCAAGCCCCUCCACUUAAUGACUUAACCUAUUUUUUUUUUUUUUUUGGCAAAAAAUAACUGCAUCUGGGCACUCUUCACCCCAGACAUAGUUAGAAGUCACCACUAUGUGACUCUUUACCUAUUGUCAUUAAAACUAUCUUUAGAUUUUUCUUUGAGUCUUUUAAUCCUCUUAAUUUUCCUAGUUCCUCUCUACUAAGCCUUUUUAAAUUCUUUAUAUUGGUCUUAAAUGAUGAAAUCUAAUGACUAAUCAGGACACAAGGAUAAGGUCUGAACAGUGUUGAACUAUACUGGAUGCGGCAUGACCAUGAAGCCCUGGUGAAGUCAAGAUCACACACUGUUUUUAAGGUCAUUAAGUCAUAAUCUCAGACUCACAAAGGACUCAGAAUCGAGGAGACACCACUUUAGAUUACUCCAAAACUCUGGGCCUGCACUUACUAAUUUACCAAGAGGAAUCAAUAUUUUUAUUUUGAAUAUGGAAUUGGGGGAAAUAGUUGGCUCUCCACUUAUUGACUAGUACUGCAGUAUAUUCACAUCCUUUUGUGUGGUAGGUUGGAUAGGACUUUUCUCAUUGGCUAGGGUUCACCAAAAGGAUGGGAAUUUGUUUCUGCAUUCUUACAUAUUCUGCAUAUUCCUUCAUAAUGGAUCCGUAAGUAACUAAGGCCUUGGAGACUAACAGUUCUCUAAAAUACUCAGCUAACCAAAAGAAAAUACUUACUUUUUAAAUCAUGUCAUGGAAAAUAGAAAAGUGAAAAACGUCUGAAACCCUGAAUAAAAUUAUCUUAAAAAUGAAAUUACAUGCAUGAAUUAAGGAUAGAUAACUUCUUGCCAUUUAAUUAAACAAAUCUCCAAUUCUUCUCAUCAGAAUAAAACUGAAGGACAAUGGAUGCCUUUUGGGUUUUUUAAUUUUUUAAUAUUGCACUUUAUAGUACUUCAUAAGAGACAAUUGUCUUAAUUAAAGCCAUAAAAUACCAAUAAUACAUAUAUUCAGGGCUUCUGAAUAUAGUCAGUCAAUAAGCAGUCCAUGAGUCAUUCCUGUUUUGUAUUGUUUGUUGUAAAUUGGUGUUGAUCUGUUCUAUUUUUUAUUACCUAUAAUUAUUGUUCUAGACAAUUCUAAUCUACUUAUAAAUUUUAGAUGUGUGGUUUAAUAAAACUUUGAAAAAUCAAAGAAAUUAUUCAUUUCACAAAAGCAUUCUUCAUUCUCAAAAUAGCUUCUACAGUUUCUUUAAAUAGCAAGUUCUAAUACUACAUGGAAAUUAUUUUAAAAUUGUAGAUUGUUUUUCAGGAAUCCAUUUUGUUAUGUAAAGCAAGGUUCACCCAUACAGAGAGUGAAACAGAUAAUUAGCAAACAUAUACCUGGGAAAUGUAGGGUGUGUUUGAGCUUUAAUAGAAAUACAGGAUAGGUCUAAUAAGUUUCCUUAUAAAAAUGGCAGAUAGAGAUACAUAAUUUCUUAUGCCAAAAUUAUUAACCUUCCUUGGGAGGACAUGUAAAACAGCAUACUUCAUAAUGCAUUGGUGUUUUUUCCCCCCUCUCUGCUAAAAUACACAAUUUCUAACCUAGCAUGGUAAACUGUUUACAAACACAUAUAUAAAGUUGUCCCUACAACUAAAACUUUAAUGUUUCACUUCAUCGCAAAUGUUUAUAUAGUUUUCUUUAACAGACAGGGUCUUGCUCUGUCACCCAGGCUAGAGUGCAGUGGUGCAAUCAUAGCUCAGUACUGCCUCAAAGACCUGGACUCAAGCGAUCCUCCCACCUCAGCCUCCUAAGUAGCUGGGACCUCAGGCACAUUCCACCAUGCCUAAUUUUGUUGUUGUUGUUAAGAGACAGAGUAUCCCUCUGUUACCCAGGCUUGUCUCAAACUCCUGGGCUCCUGAGAUCCUCCUGCUUUGGCCUCCCAAAGUGCUGAGAUUAAAGGCAUGAGCCACCAUACCCAGCCCUUUUAUAUCACUUGAGUGAAAGUAAAAUAAUGACUAAAAAGAACUGAAUAGUCUAGAAAUAUCCACCGGAACUGGGUACCUAAAUUAUCUACAUAGAGUAAACAUACUAAAUUGGACAGCCCCAUCAAUUUUAUGCUUAAAUGGCCAAUUUGCCCUAAAGAAAGGGUAUCUGAACCAAGGGCCAGUGAUACUCCUCUGUUGGAGGAUGUUUUGUGAUCUAAAAGAGUUUCUCUAAAGGGCUGAGACUCUAUUCAGAAGAGGGAGUCUCUGUUACUGAAUUGCCCUAUUGAGCCCUACAUACAAAGUUCAUAUAUAAGCCCUGCAUCUAGCCUUGAUAUUUCUCAAGUCAAAAACCUCCGGAAGCAACAGCUUCCACCUUCAAGCAAUCCACAAACUCAAAAAGCCAUCAAAUUACGAAUAGCAAAAUUACCUUCCUGAUUCAGUGAAGUUGCUGCUAGCACUAAAGGAAAGAGAAAUUAUACUUUUGUUCUUCAGACAUGGUUAAAACAGAGAUCAUGUUGUCAAUGUUGACUCCAACAUAGACAUUUGCUCUAUAAUAUAUAAACUGUCUUUUAGACAGUUUGUGUUAAAAAUAUCAGAAUGCCAUUUUUGUAAAGGCUCUUUUUUAGGAUGGAUGUGGUCUCAUGCUUCCUUUGUUCCCCUCCAUUUUAAAGGAGCAUUGUAACCCCUAUCCUCACCCCUACAAAACUCCAAUGGAUGCACUUCCAAAUUACUUCUGUCAUUUUGUGUGUGUUGUGUUUAUUAUGAGCAAUUUUCACUGGAUGAUGGGAUACAUGGCGAUACUAUGUCAGUUUAUUCUCUGUGAAUAUGUCUGUACAUAGGCAGGAAGCUCUAUUUGUACAUAGACUGUUUGGAGUAUGUACUUCUGUCACUGGACUUCAUUCUGAUAAACAGCGUUUCUUCUUGUUUCACUGUCCAUACCUUUGUGCUUCUACUACUGAUCAUCAGUUCAUAGAAUAUCACUUUAUGUAACUAAGUCUCCUCAGUGUGAAAAAUAAUAGUAAUAAAAUUAUUGACUCAAAGAAGUA